AAACGGCUAAUAAGUUUCUUUUAUAAGCAUUUACUUGAUGACAAAUGUUUUUUGAUUGCCUGAAGCCUGUUAACCGGAAAUUGAAAUUAUAAUAAAAAUAUAUAUUCAUCUCUUAUUGAUAUAAUAUAUAAACUACGUUAUCUUGGUUUUGGUUAUACUAACAUAUUUGUUUACUUUUUAAAAAAGUAAAUUUGUUUUUUUAUGGGUAUACAAUCAGAAAUUUAUUUUGAUAAUAAGAGUCAAAUUACAAAUGACACAAAAGCUUUUGAUCAACAAAAUGGAAAACACGAGAACGACGGAAAAACGACACUAGACGAUUUGCCAAAGGUUAUUGUUCACAAUCCAGAGAACAAGUUUGAUAGUGAAAAGAAGGAAGAUGUUGGCACUGUUCCUUUACUAUCUUUGUUUCAAUAUGCAGAUGGAUAUGACUGUUUGUGCAUUUUUUUUGCAACUCUUGCAUCUAUUGGAAAUGGGAUUGCUCAACCUGCGUCGUUUAUUAUAUUUGGAAAAUUAAUUGAAGAGUUUAUUAAUGUUGGAAAGAAUAAACAAUAUGACAUAUUAGGUUCCAUGAAAAGAUUUGCUGUGUAUUAUUGCAUCAUUGCUGCUGCUAUGUUUGUUUGUUCUUUUUUUCAAGCUGCACUUUGGUCUUUUUCUGCUUCACGUCAGGUUCAUAAAAUUCGAAUGAAAUUUUACUCGUCUAUAUUGAAACAAGAUGUAGGAUGGUUUGAUGUUAAUGAACCUGGAACAUUGACAACAAGACUUUCAGAUGAUCUAGUUAAGAUUCAAUCUGGUAUUGGAGAUAAAGUUGGAAUGACCUUACAAGCAUUGGCAAUGUUCUUUGGAGGCUUUGGUGUAGGGUUUUUUUAUAGUUGGAAAUUAACUCUUGUUAUUUUGGCAACAUCACCAGCGUUAAUGAUUUGUGGUGGAAUUAUGGGUAAAGUAAUUGGAAGUUUUUCAACUCAAGAGCAAACAGCAUAUGCUGCAGCAGGAGCUGUUGCAGAAGAAGUUAUAAGUUCUAUACGAACUGUAGUAGCAUUUGGAGGUGAAUUAGAUGAAAUAAAGAGAUACAAUGAAAAGUUAGGUAGAGCACAAAAAGCUGGAAUUCUAAAGUCAGUGUUAGUUGGUGCUUCAAUGGGACUUUUUCACAUUGUUAUUUUUGCAUGUUAUGCAUUAGCAUUUUGGUAUGGUUCAAAAUUAGUUGCAAGUUAUGAGAUAAAAGCUGGUGAUUUAAUGAUAGUGUUUUUUUGUGUUAUGAUUGGUGCUGCUCAGAUUGGUCAAGUUGCUCCAAAUUUUGAAGCUGUCACAAGUGCUCGAGGAGCUGCGUAUAUUGUAUUUAAAAUCUGUUCAAGGGUACCAACUAUUGACUGCUUAACAGAUGAAGGAUAUGUUCUUAAUGAUUGUGCUGGGGAAGUAUUUUUUUCAAAUGUUCAUUUUAAUUACCCAUCAAGACCAGAUGUGAAAAUUCUUCAAGGUUUUGAUUUAAAAAUAAAGCCCGGAACUACUGUGGCAUUAGUUGGAGAAUCUGGAUGCGGUAAAAGCACUAUUGUAAAACUUUUACAACGGUUUUAUGAUACUCUAGAAGGAUCUAUUAUGAUUGAUGGAGUUGAUAUUAGGAAUUUGAAUUUAAAAAAUAUGCGUACAAAUAUUGGUGUAGUAAGCCAGGAACCAAUUCUUUUUGACAUGAGUAUUGCAGAAAAUAUAAGUUUUGGAGCUGUUCAUGAAGUAUCACAAUCAGACAUAGAAAAUGCAGCAAGAAACGCAAAUGCACAUGAUUUUAUCUCUGCUUUACCUAAGGGUUAUGAUACCAGAGUUGGCGAACGAGGAGCUCAAUUGUCGGGUGGUCAGAAGCAAAGAAUCGCCAUAGCUCGAGCUCUAAUCAGGAAUCCAAUAGUUUUAUUAUUUGAUGAAGCCACAUCAGCAUUGGAUACAGAAAGUGAAAAAAUUGUUCAAGAAGCCUUAGAUAAGGUUAGCAAGGGCCGUACAACAAUUGUCAUUGCUCAUCGCUUAUCUACGGUGAAAAAUGCUGAUGUCAUAGUGGUUGUUAAAGAAGGUAAAGUUGCUGAAUUUGGAACACACCAUGAAUUAAUUUCUAAAAAAGGUCUGUACCACCAAUUAGUUUUACUUCAGACUGUGAUUGAAGAGGUUGUUCCUGACCUCCUUAAUGAGCUGGGUGAUGAAGAAAAAAAAGAAAUAUUGGAAAAAAUUAAAUCUACUUCUUUCUUGAAAAACGAUGAAGAGGUUGUUGAAAGUUUUCAUAGACAGCUCUCAAGUCGAUUUUCAAUGAGACAAAGUAAACUCAACUCACUUGUUAAACAAAGUAAAGAAGAUAAAGAUAAGGAAAAAAAAAAAAAAGAGGAGGAGGAAAAGGUUGAACCUGCUCCUUUUACAAGAGUUUUUAGGUUGAAUGUUACCGAGUGGCCAUAUCUUGUUUCUGGCAUGUUUUUUGCUGGGUUAGUUGGGGCAUUUCCUGUGCUAUUUGCUAUAAUUUUGAGCAAUUUAUUUGAGGUAUUUGCUAAACCACCUGAAGAAAUUCGCAAACAAUCUGUAAAAUGGUCACUCUACUUCUUAGGUUUGGGGUUUCUUGAUUGCAUAGGAUUUUUUUUUUCUAGUUUUUUGUUUGGCAUUGCUGGUGAAAUACUAACUCGUAGACUUAGAACGCAAGCGUUUACAGCUGUUCUCAGACAGGAUAUUUCAUUUUUUGAUGAUUCAAAAAACACAACAGGUGCUUUGACAGCAAGACUUGCUUCAGAUGCAUCUGCAGUAAAUGGAGCUACCUCUUCAAGAUUGAAUACAAUGACACAGGUAAUUGUGAUGGGAAUUACAGCUCUGAUUAUAGCAUUUUAUUAUAGCUGGCAGCUAACUCUUUUGGUGAUGGGUUUUGCACCAGUUUUGUUAAUAGCAGGUGCUGCACAUAUGAAAGUCUUUUCAAAUUUUGCUCUGGAUCAAGAAAAGCAUUUAGUAAAUGCAAGUGCUUCAGCUCAACAAGCUAUUAUGAAUAUAAGAACUGUUGCUUCUCUGGGGAAAGAAGUUUAUUUCAUAAAUUUAUUUAGGGAAAUGCUGUUAGGUCCUUAUCGAAAGUCUAUGCGAAAUGCAAUUGUAUUUGGGAUAACAUUUGGUCUAUCUAGUUCUAUAAUUAUGCUUGCAAAUGCUGCUGCGUUCACUCUUGGUGGAAAGCUUGUUCAGGAUGAUGACUUGCCAUUCCAAGAUAUGUUUAAAGUUGUUCUUGCUACUGUUUUUGGUGCUAUGAUUGCUGGACAAAUUGCAUCAAUGGCUCCAAAUUAUGUUGCAGCUAAAGUUUCAGCUGCUCGUAUAUUCCAGCUUCUUGAUAAAGUUCCAAAAAUUGAAACUUUCAGUAAUAGCGGAAAUAUCUUAGAGUGCAUAAAUGGAGACAUAGAGUUUAGUGGCAUUAAAUUCAACUAUCCUACUCGUCCUGAUGUUCAAGUUUUGAACGAUUUCUCCCUUAAAAUUGAGUGUGGGAAGAAAGUUGCAUUAGUUGGCUCCUCUGGGUGUGGUAAAAGCACAAGUGUUGGUCUAAUUGAAAGAUUUUAUGAUCCUGAUUUUGGCAAAGUGAUGAUUGAUGGUUAUGAUAUUAAAGAUUUCAACUUGAAAUGGUUGCGCUCAUGUUUAGGACUGGUUUCACAAGAACCAGUGCUAUUUGCAAGAACAAUUAAAGAAAAUAUUGUAUAUGGCUUAGACAAAGAAAUUAGUAUGGAUUGUUCAAGAGGCUUUGGACGUUGCAAUGGAUGGUCGAACUUCUGUAAUUAUUGCACAUCGACUAUCUACUAUUCAAAAUGCAGAUGUAAUUAUUGUAAUACAAGAUGGUCAAGUUGCAGAAUCGGGUAGCCAUCUUGAACUUAUUGCAAAGAGAGGAGUUUAUUACCAACUAAUUCAAGCACAACUUUGAUAAAAAUAACGAUUUUGUUGAUAAUUUUUUUUUCAUAUUAAAAUUUAUUAUUUCAUCUUUUA